UUACAUCAAAGGCAAGGAUUUGUGAAGUCGUUGGAACUUGGCGACGAAUUCCCUUUUGGUGUUGGAAAGGACCAACGUUAUGUCGCUGAUGGGAGUCUUGCCUCCUUCGUUAAGAACCUGACGGGUCAACAGAAACAAGAUGUCCUGAAUUCUACACUGUUGGCACAACUGGCAGCAAGCAAAAAAUUCGACCGUCAAAAAGAGACCACAAAAUGGUACGAUUUCUACAAGUACGUCUUGGAAAACGUUGGUUGGGUCAUUCAAAGUUUUCAGUUUCAGGACUACCAGACGAGUAAUUCCUCUUUCAAGCUCUCCGAGGUGACCCUUGAAAUUUUGGGCGCUCUGGUCGAACCUGAGGCAGAAAUCAUGAAGGUUGUGAAGGCUACUAUCGACAGUUUGGCAAAAUCUAAAAGAGGAAUCGCUCUUUUCGAUUCUGGCAGUACCUCAGGUAGGGAUGGUAACUUUCAGAUUAUGCCAUGCACAUUGGACCAGAGUCAGCAAAUUACUUUGGCCCUCAUGGCUUUCAAAUUCAACGCCCACAACUAUGAAGACGACUUUUUUUUCUUCACGUGGGGCUCGGGACACAUAGAGCUGCAUUAUGCAACCCAGACCUGUACCUUAAACGAAGACGUGUAUUCCCAAGUUCGUCAAGAUAUCAUAAAGAAGCUGGGAAAGCGAGCUCAUACUUUUGUCGAAAAUUUGGAUUUUUAA